AUGUCGGACGAGACCCCGCCGCCGAGCUACGAGCGCGACAACAGUCGCAGCCCCAAGGCGCACAUUGAGGGGCACGGGGCCGGCAAGCCCUACAAGCCGCACGAUGUCAUUACCGAAACGACCCAGGCGGCUAUUGUCAGUUUCGUCGCGGCCUCCUUCCUCGCCGGCCUGAAGAACUCUUUUUCGAAGCAGAACCUCGGCGUGACAGGUGUGCUCACGGCCCAGGCGCCCAUUCUGGGAUUAGUCACUGCCGCGCCCACAACGUACAUGUUCGUACGCGGCGCGACCAACAACCUCAUGGGACGUGAGGAUGCGUGGGGAUCUGCGGCUGGUGGUUUCGCCGCCGGAGCUAUCCUCGGCCUACCAUCAAAACGCAUGCCUGUCGUUAUGGGCCUGGGCGCUGCCGUCGGUCUGUCCCAGGGCUUGUUCACCCUGUUCGGUGACCGUCUUGGCUCCUUCAAGCAGGAGAACGACGAGUUUGAGCGCAAAGAGAGCAUCAGGCGUACGACGCGUAUCCCGGUGGAGCAGACCAUCCGGGAGGUCGGUGAAGGGCGAGGAAUCCGCGGCCCUGGCUACGAGGAGCGCAGGCGAGAGCACCUCAAGGAGAAGUUCGGCGUCGAGAUCAACCCAGUCCGCGCCACCGUCGACGGCAGCGAGUAG